AUCAUCAAAAUCAAUAGUUUAAGAUAUGUUUAUGUUGAAAUUCUCUACCCAUAUUAAUACUAAACUUUUUUUCCAGCAAACUAUUUAUUGGUGGCCUUAGCUGGGACACAAGUCAAGAGAAUCUUAAGAAUUAUUUCAGUAGAUUUGGGGAAGUGGUUGACUGUGUGGUUAUGAAAAACAAUGAAACUGGUCGCUCCAGAGGUUUUGGAUUUGUGACCUUCAAAGACCCGGAUUGCGUUUCCAUUGUCUUAGCUAGUGGGCCUCAUGAAUUAGAUGGACGUGUGAUUGAUCCAAAAGCUUCUAAUCCUCGUGGGUUAAACAGGCCUAAGAAAGGAGUAAACUACCCCAAAGUGUUCUUAGGAGGUUUGCCCUCAACCUGUACCGAAACAACACUGAGAGAAUUCUUUUCUAAAUAUGGACAAGUGAUGGAAGUUGUUAUAAUGUUUGAUCAAGAAAGGAAAAAGUCCAGAGGAUUUGGAUUUUUGUCAUUCGAGAAACAAGAGAUCGUCCACAGAGUUUGUGCCGACCAUUAUAUCACCAUCAACGGCAAGCAGGUUGAAUGUAAGAUGGCAGAACCUCGUGAGAUGUCCAAAAGUGCUAAAGAUUCAAAGCAAGGGAAUCAAGAAGUUUCACCUUGGGGUGGACCUAAUGGUUGGGGACAAAGUUCCACCAUGGGAGGCAGUGGUGGAAGUGCUGGUGGACCUGGAAUAGUACCUAGUGUACCCCCUGCACCAGUGGCACCAAAUAUGGGAGCAAUGGGAAAUAUGGGACCCAUGGCUAAUGGGAUGAUGGCCGGAGGAUGGGGUGGACCACCACAGUCUGGAGCAUAUGGGCCACAAGGUGGAUGGGGCAUGGCACCUGGUUAUGGUGGUUAUCAAGGAUGGGGAGGAGCACCAACUGGAUUUGGGCCAUAUGGACCACCAGGACCACAGUAUGGACAACAAGGAUAUGGAGGAUAUGGUGUUGGAGCUACAGGUUUUGGAGGGUUUGGAGCUACAAUGGGACCAGGUCAAGUACCAGGAGGAGCUGUUGCUGGCCAGACCCCAGCCCAAGUGUAUGGUCAAGCAGGGUUAAAUGCACCUACACCCAAUCCUGGGGCAAUAGCCCCUCCAGGCACAUCAGAAGCUACAGCAGUACCUAAAUCAGGAGCACUGGCAAAUUAUGCUCAAGAAGUAUCCAGUUUUGGACCUGCACGAGGAUUUAUUGGUACAGGAGGUUUUGGUGCAGGAAUGACAGGUAACUUUACGGGACAAGGAGAUGGAUCUGCUGCUGCUGGUGGAGGUGUUACCAGAACUGCAGGAGUUGCCCAAGGCUAUCAUCCUUACAGACGUUAAGCUUACAGUGUUAUUAUCUAAAACAGAAAAGGUCCAUUUUUCAUCAUCAUCAUUCCAGUUGCUAGUAGUCCUUUUUAUUUAUGUGUCAACUUUGUAUAGUUUACACAAAUCAGAUUUAUCAAAUAAAUGUGAGACUUGGUAAAAUAUUGAAAGAAAAUUUAAAUUCAUUUUUAGUUAACAACCCAGCAAUACAAAUUUCAUACAUUGUGUCUGUAAUUAAAUUGCUUCCUCACAAAAUAGAUUUCUUAUGGUAUUUUAUUAUAUCAGUACAGCAUCAAAGUAUGUUCUUUGUUUCAAAUCACAAACUGUACUCUCUUUUCUUUUUUUUUCUAUGAGUUAAUCAACAAUAUAUUAGAAUACAUGCAUGGCAAAAACAAAGAUGUUCAAACUUCUUUCAAUUGUUACAUGGUUACUACAGUUAGGAAAACCGUGAAAACUUGGGAAAUUUUAUAUUUGACAUUCCUGACCCAGGAAAUAUUGAGGAAUUUCACUUUAUGGACAAAAACCAGGAAAAGUCUGUGAACUUUGUAUAGUUCUGUGGUUCUUCUAAGACACAGAGAGCAAAAAGAAAUAUUAUUAGCACCAAAAAAUCAUAUACUAGUUAAUUCUGUUGCAAUUUGCAUAUCAAUAUUCAUAUUUUAUCUACAAAAACUUUGUCUUCAUUGGUCUUUGUAUUUCUGUAUUGUUAAUUGUCAUAAAGUUUGAAAGCAGCUGUAAUUUGUUAUGUAAACAGUAGCUAGGUUCCCACUUAAAUGGAGUGUUAGGGUUCUGGACAAGGCUUCAUCUCAUUUAGAGAUAACCUGUUUCAUUUAACUAACUUAUUUUUUAUUUUCAUCUUACAGAGUUAAUGCAUUUAUAAAACAGCCCCCUGUUAGUAGUUAUAAAAGGAACAUUUAAUACCGAGGAUAUGUUAUGCCAUUGAUAUACUGGUGCAGGAAAGAUGUCAGUAUGAAAGCCAAUAGUUUGAUUAUUUCAGUAAAGCAUAGAUCUAUACAGUUUUGUUUUAAUUUGUUAUAAAACAAAAUAUACAUCAUUGUGCAUUGCCUAUAGCACAAAUAUCAAGAUGCGUAGCAUAGCUUGGGCAUAGGUUCGAUGCAGGUAGAGUAUGACCAGUGACAGAUAAGGAGAACCUGUAUAAAGUAAAAUAUGGAUGGCCAUGUAUCAUGUAAGUAAUUUUGAGAUAAUAGAUUUUGUAAAAAAUUUAAUUAAAAGAAAUGUUCAAAUACA